AUGACUGUGAGCUUUAAUGGAAGGAUGGAUGCCAUGUACCAAGACUUGAAUGGGAAAUUUGAAGCUUUGAGCACACAUGUGAAGAAGUUGGAUGUUCAAGUUGCUCAAAGUGCUGAGUCUAUCAAAAGACAAGAGGGUUUUCUUCCUGGAAAGACCAAUAUCAAUCCCAAACAUUCAUGUCAUGCUAUUAUGGUGGAAACUGGAGCCAAUUUCGUGGAUUUUGAGAAGACUGCAACUGAUUUUCGCACUGCAGAAGUUGUGUCGGGCGACACCACUGAACUGUGUCGGUCGACACUGCACAUAGGGUGUCGGUCGACACCAUCCCUGUGUCGGUCGACACCAGUGACUGCCAGAAGAAAUUCUGCAAAUUUCGGAUUUUCAGGCAAAUUCCUGCAAAUUCCAGACUGCACCAGAUCUUACAGAAACGUCCAAAUCAGUGCUAUAAUUCAGAACAAGAUUCCAGAGAAGCUACCUGAUCCAGGAAACUUUGUGCUAGAUUGCUCUAUCUCAACAAGCAGGUUUCCUCAUUCUCUUUGUGAUCUAGGUUCCAGUGUAAACUUGAUGCCUCUCUCUGUUGCUGCUAGACUUGGAAUGACUGAUUUCAAGCCAACUAGGAUCUCUCUUAUCAUGGCUGAUCGAUCUAAAAGAAUCCCACAAGGUGUCUUAGAGAAUGUUCCACUUAAAAUUGAAGGAAAAAGAAGUGUUCCACCCAAACUCACAUCCCACCCUGCUGCUAUUCCUCACUUCCUUGGGCGUCCUCAUGCACCUAAUGCUUAUACACCACCAUGGAUGAGGAGACAUUCUUCUCAGAGGCAUUUGUUGCUAUUGUCUGAUCCACCAGAUGCCUGA